CAAGGAUCUAGUAGAAUGGGUUUUCCGCGUGAUCUUAUCUGUAUAUUUAGAUUCCAACCGCGUUAUCUGUGUCUUGGGGGCAUGUGUCGAGGUCAAAUUUCAAACGAUCCUAAAAGAUUAUCAUACACGCUGGUUUCGUCUACAUUUUUGUCAGGCACAAUCAUGAAAGCGUGUGUAGUGUUUCACUUGGUGAUUGGACUUGUGUCCUGUUUGGCAAAAGUAACUGAUUUGACUGAAAAGGAAAAGAGAUCAGCAUGUUCCGAUUCCUUAGACACCUGCGCCGCCUAUCCUAAGUCUGUGUGUUCGGACCCGACUUACCAGGCAUGGGCCAAAGACAACUGCAAGUCAUAUUGCAAUCUGUGCCCAAGCGUAAGUAGCGGAGGUGUAACGCCACUACUCCCAGGUGCUUCUUCCGCAUGUUCCGAUUCCUUAAACAACUGUGCCGCCUAUCCUAAGUCUGUGUGUUCGGACACGACUUAUCAGGCAUGGGCCAAAGACAACUGCAAGUCAUAUUGCAAUCUGUGCCCAAGCGGAGGUAGCGGAGGUGUAACGACACCAACGCCACCACUCCCUGGUACUUCUUCCCCAUGUUCCGAUUCCUUAGACAACUGUGCCGCCUAUCCUAAGUCUGUGUGUUCGGACACGACUUACCAGGCAUGGGCCAAAGAAAACUGCAAAUCAUAUUGCAAUUUGUGCUCAAGCGGAAGUGGCGGAGGUGGAACGCCAUCCCUCCCUGAUACUUCUUCUAGCUGCUCCGACAAACUUUCGGAUUGUAGCGGAUACGGCCCGUCGGCUUGCCAAAACUAUCAGCAAUGGGCACAAGAAAACUGUGCAAACACAUGCAAUAUGUGCUCAAGUAGCGGCGGAGGUGGAAGUCCGACGGGAAAUGGUGGUGGAAUGACAGGUACUUCGGCAGGAUGUGUCUAUGACGGGAAAGUAUACCAACAAGGUCAGACAUGGAAAGACGCGUGCAAAUAUAGCUGUGAAUGUGAGGAUGGAACCUCUGGGAAAUAUCAGUGUCGUGCGUUAUGUUUAACCUGGAACAACUUACCUUCCUCGUGUCACAUGAACCCGCCAGCACCAGGAAAAUGUUGUCCCCAACCUGCCUGUCCACCGUCUAUCACUUUACAGUAUCCUCCUGGUUAUACACCACAAUAGACCAGAAAAUGGUGUUUUUAUUGUUUACCUAUGUUCAUUUAAUGAACGUUCUAAUAAAUAUGAUAAAAACUA